AUGCUCGACCAAAUGGUGAUCACGCCGCCGAUCGAGCAGCCGAAGAUGAUGGAAAAGCCGAUACUGACUGGUGAGUGAUAAUGAUAAGGAACACGUUUUAUGAAAAUAGAAUAGCACUUCAGUCUCGGAAAGCGUGCACAAGUUCGACUCGGUGGAGCUGGAGCGUCUGCAGCCGUACACGUGCUUCGGAUGUUUCCGUGCUCUGCCCGUCUUCAAUCUCGUCACCAUUCCCCUCUUAUUCCUGCCAAUGUUCUCUUUCCUGCCCUACCUGGGCCCUCCGAAAGGAUUCAUGCUCCUGACCAACCUGUUGAUAAUCCUCCAGUGCACCACUUUGUACGCAGUCAACCAGCAAUGCACCGAGGUCCUUCUCUUCUGCUCCACUCUCGAAAUGUGCGUUUUCGCCUUCGCGUUCCCCGUCUUCAUGGCCCAGAUCCUGAUGUUCCCCUUCUUCCCGGAAGUCCCGCUCGAAUUGUGGUUGUGCAUCGGAACGUGUCUUCUCGGAAUGUACCGUGCCGUCCUCGCAAGAAUGCUUCACAGAUGGAUCAAAACGAAACAGCUCCACGGCGAACAAAACGGUCAUGGCCUCAAAUAUCUUCCGCUGUGA